GGAGACACAGCCAGAGUCUCUCAGCGAAGGAACACACUGUCGUACUGAACUCUGUCACAACAGAAGUCCAUUAGAAAUCCAUUUGUUUUUCCAGAGCUUCAUUCACUGAACUGCUGCUAUGUGGAAGGACUCCAGCAAUGAUGAUGCCAGACCCGUGGCCUCCAGCGGGGGCUCCUCUCGCAGCGCCAGCCGCAGGAAGAGGACCAGCUUCUCCAAAGAACACGUGGAGCUCCUCCGCACCACCUUCGAGACCGACCCGUACCCUGGCAUCAGCCUCAGAGAGAACCUGUCCCAGACAACAGGCCUGCCCGAGUCACGCAUCCAGGUGUGGUUUCAGAACAGAAGAGCUCGCACCCUGAAGUGCAAAGGAGCCAAGAAAGCUCUGUGGCAGUCCGAUAGCCCAGUCCACGAUGCUCUACCUCCACAUCAUGCUGUAGCCGGCAGGGGCCCCCAGGUUGGCUCAGUCCAUCUGCUACCUCAGGGCCCUCCACCAGCCUACCCGGCCCAGGUGAAGGUAGAGAUGGAGGAAGCCUGCUACUAUGAACAGCGCCCUCCAGCCUACUCCACCAUCGAGGAGCAUGAACACCAUGGCUCUAUCUAUGGGUUCCAGCAGGGCAGGCCACUGGGAAGCACCUCCAGCCCACCCUUGAGGGGCUUCUGGUCCCAGCCUGGCUGCCAAACCUCCCCUGCCCCCCCUCUGUGGAGCCACUCUCCCCUGGAGAUGAGAAACUACAGCUCUAACCAGGCAGCCUUCAUGUAUCCGGGAUCAGCAGAGCAGCAGAUGUACAUGCCCCACUCCACCUCCCACUCCUCAACUCCAGACACCCCUGACUCCGGGUACUGGGAUGCCGGUCUGGAGAACAGCCCACCACCAGAGGGUCAGUACACGCAGCUGGAGGAUUCGUGGAGCGGAGCUGCUCCGGAAAGCUGCGGGGAGUCCGGUCUUCCAGCGUUGGUCCAGCACGCCCCGCUGCCGGUGCUGUCCCUGCAUGAGAUUCUGGGGGAGCUGGAUGAGGACUGGUUGGGAGGAGAUGGACUGGACAGCCAAGCUACUGGAGAUAAAAUGGCUUUCUGCUAAUGACUCUGUGAUAAAGAUUUACAGUGGACAAUUAGAAAUCACAUGUAUUAUUUAGAUUUUAGUCAUUUGAGUUUUGCUUUUGAGGUGUGUACAUACAAAAAGUCAACAAACUCUGCUGAACCUUUGGAAACGGGAUCCAUAUUUUCAAAAUCUUGUAAUGCACGAUUUAUAUUUAUUCCACAAUGACUACAGCUUCUUUUGGUUCAUGUAUUUAUUCACUAUUUAUAACAUGUAUUUAUUCUGCACUUUUAUACAAA